CGCAACAAACUCACAAAAAAGUAGAAAACUAGGUUAUUUCCACCAAGGGCAUAAUGGGAAAUAGGAACCGACUUAGAAGUCGCUGAAUCUGGCUCUACUAAAUACGCGUAAAUCGUCUUUUUUUUUUUUACUCUUUUUCUCGAACUGCAACAACAAUGGGUCACCGUGUUCCAAACGAUAUCGUGGAAGACAUCCUGGUUCGGCAAUCAGUGAAAUCCUUAACCCGAUUCAGGUGCGUUUCGAAAUCUUGGGACUCCAUCAUCACUGACCCCACUUUCAUUACCAGACACUUGAAGCUCAACCUUAACCAAUCCGAAUCAUUGAUAUCCACAAACACUCACAGUGGGUAUUUGCUAUAUACUACAAAGAAUGAGAAUAGUUCACCAUCUUCCAAACAUCUGUGUACUGUUGUUUGCAACAGUGACAGCACAUUGACCCAGAUUUCAAGGUUUGAAAUUCCCUCACUUUUUGAGAAAUAUAAUAUAGUUGGUUUCUGUAAUGGCUUGUUCUGUCUGGCUUGUUCUGACUAUUAUCUUAGCCACAUUAUAUAUUUGUGGAACCCAAGUAUUAGAAAGUUUGAGAAGCUUCUAGCUACUCCCCAUGGGUGGUCUGUUGUUGGACUUGCUUAUAAUUCUCAGAACAAUGACUACAAGAUUCUGAGACUUCGGCGGUCUUUUUUUGAGGUACAAGCCGAGGCCGAGAUUUACAGUUUGAGUACAGAUUCCUGGAGAAGGAUUGUAAUACCGAUGAAGAUCUUAAGAGGGUAUGAACCCAACUUUGGAACUAUUGAUAAGCUUGAUCCACCCUGUAUAUUUUUGAAUGGAGCUUCGCACACUGUAGCAAGGACUAGCCGCGGCCGUUUCAUUCUGUCCUUUGAUGUCAAUGAUGACAGCUCCCGUGCGAUAAAAUUUCCUUUUAAUUAUGUGGUUACGAAGUAUCGACUUGCAUUGUUUAAGGGAUCCCUAGCUGUUUUCGCUCUUAUGGGUGACUUAUGCGACAUAUGGGUUAUGGAGGAGUAUGGUGUGGCUGAGUCUUGGACCAGAAAAUAUACGGUACCAAUGAUUCGGGGUAGUGUUAAUUUCUAUGGCUGCACUGAUAAUGGUGAACUUUUGAUUAAGAAUGCCACUGGGCUGAUUUCAUUUGACCCUGAGAAUCGAAAUCAGAACUUUCUUGCAAUUGAAGAUGCUGAUUGGGUGGGUUUCACGGCUAAUUCAAUGGAGAGCUUGAUUUUACUCGAUGGCGGACGGAAGGGACGGAGAGAAUCUCGGAGAAGGCGAAAAGUGAAGGGUGAGAGGUGGCGUCGGCGACGAGAGGAGCGAGUGCGGAGCCAUGGAGAGACGAAGCUUACUUCACGAACUGCUUGAUCAGAUUAAAGCAAUGGAAUAUAUUUUGGUGGUAUAUCAUUGGAGCUAUAAAUUGAUGACUUCUUUUGAAGCUAUGUUAGUUGAUGGACUAUUUUGGUAUAUUUUUCUUAAGACAGUGAGUUUAGUAUUCUUGAAACUAUUUGGGAUUGUAUUUGAAGACUUUAUUGAUAAAGUUUUAGUUUGAUGGAUUUUAUAAGAAAGACUUGUUGGUUUGAUUU